GUUUUAAGUGCGAGCGCGAGACGUUCAGACUCUUAAAAUUCAAGCCCUAGAUUUAGUUGAGAGCUAGACAUGAUGAGCUUGUACAGCUUUCUAGCCAGCUUCUUCAAACUGGCUGGAACUGGAAAUUCGAUUAUAACACACUUCGUUAUGAUAUCCUAGGACAAAAUAACUGUUUUUCUGGCACCAAAACGGAUGUUUCGGUAGGUUUUGUAGCUUUUUGUGGCAUUCAGACAAUUUAGGAGAAGUUAGAAUUAACUUUUUCUCGGAAAUUUGUAAGUUGCUUCAUUGAAAUUCAAUAUCAAGUGACGAAAAGAAGUUAUUAAUAAAAACAGGUAAACAAACGAAUCAGGACUUGGAGACCCUUAGCUUUGCAAAAAAUUGAGACUCCGAGACAGUUUCGCAUAAAAAUCGAGACGGCGAGACGCACAUAACUGCUUCAAAAUGAGACUGUGAGACCCGUGAAGUUCGACUAAAAUUUUGCGAGACCCAGAGUUUUUGAAGGACCAUUAGCCACCCCUGCUGAGAUUUAGGUCUUUACGGGAAAAUCUCAGACCGAGACCUUGCCGUAUUGACCGAGCGUACGACAAGAUCGAGGUUUGAGAUUUUCCCGUAAAGACCGAACGUUCCAGGUUAAUAAGUUGUUUAUUAUAUGGCUUUUUGUUUUGUUUAUGCAAGCCCGCAAUCGGCCCGUGUGCAUUACGGGAGAAUAAUGCCCUUCAAUUAGCCAAUCAGAACGCGCGUUACAGUGUAUAUCGGCUACAAGAAUAUGCCAUAUAAUAAUGAGUCUUAUUUUUGCUGUUUUUCGAAGCUUGCCCAACCCAUUCGUUAUCUGUUGGCUUACACUGAAACAGAGUGCGAAUAUUGCGAUUACGUGACAGGGGACGCUCCUGGGUACGACAAGAGCUGCUGGUUGUCCGUUAAAGAAACAUUAGGUUUACCGUUCCCAAACUUGCCUUACUUUAUCGAUGGAGAUGUGAAACUGACACAGACCAUGGCGAUUAUGCGACACAUCGCACGCAAGCACGAUCUGUGUAAGUUNAAUUUUUCGCGGUCGAAGUAA